ACACUAAAGCAAAAUAAUUAGCUGAGAUUAAUUUGAAAGUCAAUUAAAACUCCACCACUUCAUUUUCUCUCUCCUCUAACCUCCCAUUCUCCCUGCAACAACAGGAGUAACUUCACCGACUCGCAUCAAUUCAAUACCCACCCAAUCAACUACACCCACUCCUCUUCAUCUUCUUCAUAUAUCAACCACUCCCAACACCUAAAAUCCACCAUUAUCAUCAACAACAACAAAAACGAGAGAGAAAAUCAAACAUGGGAAGCAGAGAUCUGGAGAAGAACGGAGAUGUUAACAGCAGUUACAACAGAUACAACAGUUACAACACACAACAGCCGAAUCACCCAGUUGCACCAUCUGGGUAUCACAUUGAAUCUUCUGCUAGACAAUGGACUUCUUGGUUGGUACCCAUGAUUGUUGUCGCAAAUGUUGCAAUGUUUAUUGUUGUUAUGUUCAUCAACAAUUGCCCUAAAAACAAUUUUGGGUUUGAUGGUUGUGUCGCUCGAUUUCUUGGUCGCUUCUCUUUUCAACCACUCAGAGAGAACCCCCUUCUCGGUCCUUCUGCUAACACAUUAAUGAAUCUAGGGGCUCUUCAGUGGGAUAAGGUGGUGCAUCAACAUCAAGGAUGGAGACUAAUUACUUGUAUCUGGUUGCAUGCUGGUGUAGUCCAUCUCCUCGUGAACAUGCUGAGUUUGGUAUUCAUCGGUAUUCGCCUUGAACAGCAAUUUGGAUUUGUGCGUAUUGGAGUACUUUACGUGAUUUCAGGUCUUGGUGGAUCAGUAAUGUCUGCACUCUUUCUCCAAAAAAGUAUAUCUGUUGGAGCCUCUGGUGCCUUGUUUGGACUACUUGGUGCAAUGCUUGCCGAGCUUCUUACCAAUUGGACAAUCUACGCAAACAAGGCUGCUGCUCUGUUCACGCUUUUGAUCAUGAUUGCUAUCAACUUGGCUGUUGGAAUCCUUCCUCACGUUGACAAUUUUGCCCACAUUGGAGGAUUUAUAUCAGGAUUCCUACUUGGGUUUGUAUUACUCCUACGCCCUCAAUAUGGGUGGUUAGAGCGUCACCAAUAUCCUGAGCACGCACGUGUGAAAUCCAAAUUUAUGCCAUACCAAAUGGUGUUAUUCUUUAUUGGUGCGGCGUUGCUGAUAACCGGAUUGACAAUAGCAUUGGUAAUGCUCUUCCAAGGAAAGAACGGAAAUGAUCAUUGCAGAUGGUGUCGUUACCUAAGCUGUGUGCCUACUUCAAAAUGGCAAUGUGGAAACUGAGAAGAAAAUGUCAGACCCUCGAACACCCUUCUUAGUUCUUACAUAUCCGUUUAUAUGUUCUUUUUUCGUAUUAGUUUCACGUUUUUUCCCCUUCCAUUUUGGUUAUAUAGAUCGGAUCGAAUAUAUCAUUGUACAUGAGUAGAUAGCAAUGCAUUAUACAUACAAGUUUUUUUAUUUUUAUUUUUUAAUUGUUCGUCUUGUUAAUAAGUGUGUUUAUAGAAGUAUAUGGAACAAGCUUUGAGUGAUGACUGAUGACAUUAUAUGUUGUAAAUGAGCAAGAUAACUUGUUUUUUUUCA